AUGGCCUCCUCCAUUGAGAAGUUGCUGGAAGAAAUCUCCAGCAGCGAAGAUCCAGCUGAAGAACUGCGCAAUUUAAAAACAGCUGUUUUAUCAGUGCCAUUUAGUGCGCUGAGGGGCUCGGUGGGCGUCCAUGGACUUGGCGUGAUCUUCUCUCUUUUGAACACGAAUAAAAGGGAACAGAUUGAUCUAUGUGUGGACAUCCUGAAUCGUGUCCUGAUGGCCCUCAGCCCUGUUCACCUGGCUCAGAGCUACAGAGCAGAGCUACAGACGGGACUUGCCCAUCCUAACGAAGCUGUCAAGAUAUUAGCUUUAACACAGAUUGGUAGAAUGAUGGAGCACCUUGAGACUACCACUGAAAUCCUCAAAAACCACAGCAUUCUUCGGGAGGUCAUCCGUUGCAUCGGAGAAGAGAAGAUUGCUGUGGGAAAAGAGGCCACUCGCUCUCUGUACAAACUGGGCCAUUCCAAGCCUGGGUUAGACACACUGUUUCGAAGCAACCUGCAGAAAGACAUGAAGGAUCUGAUGGCUACAAGCGACAUUGUCAGAUACAGGAUAUAUGAGCUAAUUGUGGACAUCUCAUCUGUGUCUGCCGUUUCUCUCAGUUACUGUGCCAACAGCAGCUUCAUUUCUCAACUGCUAGCUGAACUGACAGGAGAGGAUGUACUCAUCAGGGCCACUGCCAUUGAGAUGGUGACCACUCUGGCCCACAGUCAGCAUGGCCGACAGUACCUGGCCCAGCAGGGCAUAAUGGAUAAGGUCUCCAACAUGAUCAUAGCAACAGACACUGACCCAUUUUCCUCCCUCUACCUUCCAGGUUUAAUCAGAUUCUUUGGGAAGCUGGCCAUCAUGGAAAGCCCACAGCAAGUUUGUGAGACCUACCCAGCCUUCCAGAAUAAGGUGUUUGAGAUGGCUCUGGACCCAGACCCUGCACUGACUGUGGUAGCCCUUGACACUUUAGGGCUUCUUGGAGCCACUGUGGAGGGAAAACAGGUCCUGCAGAAAACCGGAGAAAAGUUUAAGGCAGUACUGGUGAGAAUGAGCCAACUGGCCAAUUCUGGAGCCACAGAGAUGAGAGUGCGCAGCUUAGAUGCAAUCUCAAACCUGCUCACGCUCCAAACAGAGCAGCAAACAGAGGCCCUUUUGGCCUUGACUGAGUCAUGGUUCCACAUCGUGUCUGUCCAGCCCAUGGACAUGAUCCGAAACAUCAGCACACAGCCUUUCCCUGAGCUACACUGUGGGGCUCUGGGCAUAUUUACUGCCAUUGCUCCACAGCCAUGGGGACAGAAGUUGAUGAUCAGCACCCCAGGCUUAAUGGAGUUCAUUGUGGACCGCUCAACAAGCAAAAGCAAGGAAGCCAAGGAUGCCAAAUUUGAACUAGUGGGGGCACUUGUGACUUCAUCAACAGCAGCAGACAUCAUGGGAAGUCAGAAUUACCUGAGUCUGAAGACUUAUAUCAGAGAAGGACCAUACUAUGUUUCAGCUGUGGCUUCAGUCAGCACAGAAGGCGCCGACUGAUUCAAGGGAAAUUUAAAUUAAUAAUUUGUGGCUCUUCCAUUAAUGCUUAAGUAAUGGAAAAUUGGACCCUACCUGUCUGAGCAUGCAGCACAACUCCUGGUACAGGCUCUUGAAUACUGCAGCUCCUUACUGGCAGGUCUCCCUGCACGGACUUUCAAACCUCUUCAAAUGAUCAAGAAUGCGGUGGCGUAUCUGGUCUUCAAUCAACCCAAAACAGCACAUGUCACUCCGCUGUUCAUAUCCCUCAACUGACUCCCGCUAGCUGACCCCAUCAAAUUCGAAACCUUGAUGCUCGCUUACAAAACAGCAACUAAAACGGCUCCCGCCUACCUAAACUCCCUCAUUCAGGUCUACACUCAGUCCUGCUCACUAUGCUCUGCCAAUGAAAGGCGCCUGCCACUUCCGCCACAACGGGGUCCUAAGUCACCAGCCAGACUCUUCUCUUCUGUAGUUCCCCAGUGGUGGAACAAGUUACCAAACUCCAUUCAGUCUACUGUGUCCCUCUCCAUCUUUAAGAAGAAGCUAAAGACCCAGCUCUUUGACGAACACCUCCACACCUGAUGGUAUUGAUAAUAAAAACAAAAACGUUUCUAUGCACCCUAUGCAUUGCCUUUGUGCUGCCCGUUGACACCUACGUAUGUCCUAUUGGAAUUGAACCUAGUUUUUUGGCAUUUAUUUGCAUUGUUGCCUCCUGACCAGAUCCUUGCUUGUGUUGUAUUAACUCAGAUGUAUGUCGCUUUGGAUAGAAGCAUCUGCUAAAUAAAAUUGUGACAUUGUAAUGGCUUCCCAUAUCUAAGAAGUGAAUAAAUAUUGGUUUAGCUUCAAUUUGUAACAUUUCAAACAUUAAAAUUUUUUAUUCUACCAGUCUAGACCAUGCAGUCAGGUUAUGUAAUUGGUAUAUUUAUCAUGGUUAUACACACUCUCCGGUCUCAGUAUACCGCUGUUGAAUUUUUUUGACUGGGUAGGACGAACACUGGUGCAAACACAUGUUGGAAACAACUCCAGUAGGAAAACAGUUGAAACUUGACUCCAGUGUGGCGAGAUUAAUAUAACUAGAACAAUGUGGCAAUGUAGUUUGAUGAAGUUUAGACCAUCUGCAUUCGCGCUGGUCCAAGGGUCACAUUUUAACAAGGGUGGAGACUAUUUACUGGUGAGCUGACGGCACUCAAGCCUCAAUGGCUGCUACGCCUUUUUUGUAGUCAAGAAUAAAAGUUGCAGCAUUUCUGUUUCUCUUCUACCUACAGCCAACUAUUGAAUGCUGCCCAUGCUGUUUUACUGUAAUAUUGAUUUAUUGUCCAGACCAAAUCUGCAAAAGAAAUGUUAAUACACAGGUUCCACAAACUAUUUAAUUUGAAUGCUGACUUUAAUGCACUCAACUAGUUUUUUUUAUAUCAACAAGAAAUCUUGUAUGUGUUUUCAUUUGUAGAUGCAACGGGGUUAUCA